GGAGAGUUAUUGAUGCAAGCACAUAUGUGCACAGUAUUUAACCAGAGGCAAGUAAAGUUCCUCAAUCGGUUGUGUGCGCGUCCGGAUACAGCUAUUGCUCUCUCUGUCUUUCUCACACGCACACACAUUCUGUCACAGUAACUGACUCGGUGGGAAUCUGAUCCGUGUGUGCACUGGCUCUCGUGCUCACUGUUGACUUUUGACUUAUUGCGAAGACCCAAGAGCUCUGUGCUGUCUCAUUCAGUCCAUUACUGGGAUGUGCGUAGCUCGCUGCUCCUAUUGUGUAGGCGUGUCCCUGGUUCCCUUGGCGAUACUCUCCAUGGCGGCCAAUGCCCUGUUGCUGUUCCCAAACCUGGAGACUCGUUUCCUGUUGGAAGGUCAUGUGACCCGAGAGGCUACAUGGGGCACAGGCCUCUGGGCAUCUGGUUUUCUGGUGCUCAUGGUGUCCCGAGGGAUUGUGUCCGGUAGCUCAAAGACAGGCUGCUGUGCGUUCAAGGCAGAGAUGCUGUGCCAGGUGGGCUACUCGUUUGUGGCAUUAGUAGCUGCUGGGAUCUGCUUCCUAGUGAGCAGCACAGGACUGUCGGUGGGGCCCCUCUGUCUGCACAACAGUACACGGGGACUCAACUGGGAGGUGCCCCUGGAAAAGCAGUUGAUCAGGGACAGACACUACCUGUUUGAGAGGGAACGGUGGGCGUUGGCCUGUGUGGAGCCGCAGGGGGUGGUCCUGUGGAACGUGGUGCUCUUUUCCCUUCUCAUGGCAACCAGCGGGAUCCAAGUGCUGCUUUGUGCUGCCCACACUUUAAAUGCACUGUUGGGCAUUCUCUGUGGACCCGGGUUCCGCAAUAACAAGGUUGGCCCAGCAUGAAGACUUCAAAAGAACAGGAUGUGAACAUCCUCAAGCAACAAGUGAUCCUGAAUUCUGUCACGAUGGUGAUCAAGAUGUCAUAUUUGUGUCAUAUAGAUGUCAUUAUUUUCUAGUCAAAAGCAGGCAGUGUGUUUGUGUUCAAAACAGAACUCUUUCUAAUGCUAAUUGUAAUUACUGUUGAGCAGAGAAAAUUAUCUUCUUAGAAUAGAAGGUUCAGUGCCUGGAGAAG